AUGUGCACCUUUUUCUGGUGCUAUGUGCUCUGCCCAUGCCCGUACGAGAAGGACUGCGCCUUAGCCAUUAAUCGGAUAGUGUACUGGGCUGGUCUGUGGCGCCAUAGGACGGGGAAGCGGGCCCCUGUUCCCAACUCUGGCACGGCUUGCGAGAGGCGUAAGGAGAUGUACGGCCAAGAUGCCGAGCCCUCGUGGGGGUGCUCGUUUCGGCGACUCAUAGACUGGAUGGCGGAGUUGACCUUUGUUAUCGAUUCGACGCCGUGCGCUGAGUGCAGCUACAAGUGUAAGGCUCGCUUUGAUAAGAGAAUGGAGGAGGAGAGACAGAGAAGAGAGGAAGGGAGGAGAGAGGAGACGGUUUCAUAUGGCAGUGCAAGCAGAUGA